AGUCGCUCCGGCUCAAGCCACGCACGGAUCGCGCAGCGGCGGCACGCGGCGACCACCUCCCCGCGAGCGUUGCUUUGCCCUCGCCCAGCACCGCAGACAUGCCGAAGCAGAUCACCGAGAUCCGGUCCUUCCUGCAGAUCGCCCGCCGCAAGGACGCGCGGUCCGUGAAGAUCAAGAAGAACGGCGUCGAGACCAAGUUCAAGGUCCGGUGCUCCAAGUACCUGUACACCCUCAUCAUGAGCGACAAGGGCAAGGCGGAGAAGCUCAAGCAGUCGCUGCCGCCCUCCCUGCAGAAGAAGGACAUCUGAGCGGGCUCUGGGUAGCGGGCGCGGGCGGCGAGCGUCGUGGGAGUCCGCUGGCCGGGCGCUGGUGACCCCCAGCGUGGCCUGGCUGUGAGACGGAGAGGCGCGAGCGAAAGGCUGUCUGCGAUGCUUCGACCCGCGGUGCAGUGCUGUACUCGUC